AUUUACAAAAAGAAAAAAAAAGAAAAAAAGGGAAAGGGAAAGAAAAAAAGAAAAAAAAGAAAACAGCAGAUCACAUGACCACCCUCCUUUAUUUCCUGCAGCUCCUGCCUGCGUCAGCUCAGCAGCAGCGGUGUGGUCGCUCUGAAAGCACGUUAACGGAAAAAGAAAAAAUCACUCCACACGUCCCGAAAGGCCUCCGGUGCACCGUAAACUCUGCAGAAAGAAGUCACAGCGACGACGGAUAUUAUUCACACAAACAUCUCUCGCUUUCUUUUUUUUUAUUUAUUUAAAAGUAGCUGCUAGUAUUUAUUUGUUACCAUUUAUAAAAUAGCAUUUAACAAAAAAAAAAAUUAUAAGAAAAAGAAAAAAAGAAAAAAAAGAAGAAGAAGAAAAAGAAACAUAGUAGCUCAUAAUGGCGACAGCUGCUGUGUCUGCUCCUGCAGGCUGCGGCCCCAGCCCCGUGCCGGGGACGGAGCUCGUCCGCGGGCAGGCCUUCGACGUCGGCCCUCGGUACAGCAACCUCUCCUACAUCGGGGAGGGAGCCUACGGGAUGGUGUGCUCUGCUUAUGACCGGGACAACAAGAUCCGUGUGGCCAUUAAGAAGAUCAGCCCCUUUGAGCACCAGACGUACUGCCAACGCACCCUGAGAGAGAUCAAAAUCCUCCUCCGCUUCAAACAUGAGAACAUUAUCGGCAUCAACGACAUCAUCCGCACGCCAACCAUUGACCAGAUGAAGGACGUAUAUAUUGUCCAGGAUCUCAUGGAGACAGACCUGUACAAGCUUCUCAAGACUCAACACCUGAGCAACGACCACAUCUGCUACUUCCUCUACCAGAUUCUACGAGGGCUCAAGUACAUCCACUCUGCCAACGUCCUACACCGCGACCUGAAGCCCUCCAACCUCCUGCUCAACACCACCUGCGAUCUCAAGAUCUGUGACUUUGGUCUGGCUCGUGUGGCUGAUCCUGACCACGAUCACACUGGUUUCCUAACAGAGUACGUAGCCACCCGUUGGUAUCGAGCACCUGAGAUCAUGCUCAACUCCAAGGGCUACACUAAGUCCAUAGACAUCUGGUCAGUGGGUUGCAUCCUGGCUGAGAUGUUGUCCAACAGGCCAAUCUUUCCUGGGAAGCACUAUUUGGAUCAGCUCAACCAUAUUUUGGGGAUCCUCGGUUCUCCCUCCCAGGAGGAUCUCAACUGUAUCAUCAACAUUAAGGCCAGGAACUAUCUGUUGUCGCUGCCGCUGCGCUGCAAAGUGCCGUGGAACCGCCUCUUCCCCAACGCUGAUCCCAAAGCUCUGGACCUGUUGGACAAGAUGUUGACCUUUAACCCUCACAAGAGGAUCGAGGUGGAGGAGGCCUUGGCACACCCCUACUUGGAGCAAUAUUACGACCCCACAGAUGAGCCUGUCGCUGAAGCCCCGUUCAAGUUUGACAUGGAACUGGAUGACCUACCCAAAGAGACACUGAAGGAGCUCAUCUUUGAAGAAACUGCACGUUUCCAGCCUGGAUUUAGAUCCUAACAUCUCAACACAGAUGACUCCGUGGACUGGCUUCUGCGUUUGCCACUGUUCCUCCCCGCCUCCACACGGUUGCUGUGAUUUGUUUUUUUUUUCUUCUUCUUCUUUUUGUUAUUUUCUUUUUUUUUUUAUUCUCCUCUCCCGUUCUCCACAUCACCUGGAUUCCUUGGGUCUCACUCGUCAAGUCCACUUUGCUCAGGAAUGGCGUCAGGAAUCAAUCAAUCAAUCAAUCAAUCAUUCUCUCUCUCUUUUCCCUCUUUUCUUCUCUCUCUUCUCUCUCUCGGAGGUGAGGUGAGGGCAGUUUUCCCAUCCGAGCUUACAGUUUUGGAGGGGGGGGGCGAUUUUUGUGUUUUAAGCCAAGAUAAACAAUUUUGUGUGUGUGUGUCUAAAAGGCGUUCGGCUCUGGCUAUUCCUAUUCAAGACCUUUUUGUCCAGUCAGAUGACAAUGAUAGACUAGCUGUUGUGUUUUUUGGUGCAACUGUCGUAGUUAUAACUCAAAUGGCUCAUGUCACAAGUGAAAUCACUAUUGUGUUAAGAAAAAAAAAGAAAAGAAAAAGCAGCUCAACAGACAUAAACGAGUUGUUUUAGUCAUUAAUUAUUAUUUUAAAUAAAGACAAAUUUGUGUCCGCUCAUCACACAGUCACUGUUUAAUCCUCCCUCCAGAUGAUUCUGUGGAUUCAUUAUAAGAAUCAUCCAUUCAAAUAAAAUUUUAAAGAAGCCUUAUGAAUUUUUCUACCCUUUAUCGCACUAUUAAAAGGGAUAACAUGAUCACCCUUUAUCUUUUUACUCAUCAUUUCUCUGGAUUUAAAAGAAAAAAAGAAGAAAAAGCCAAAUUAAAUCAACUGAUUUAUGCAAUUAAAAAUCACCAGAGAGUUAACGGGCCACAAAGCCAUCACACGGUGUUAAUGAGGAUCUAUAUUUUAUCAAACACCUUGUAUUGUAUCCUUAACACACUCACAGAAGGCCCAAAUGCAAAUGUAUACAUAUUAAUAUAUAUAUACAUCUAUAUAUAUAUAUACAUAGCCGAAAGAGUCUUAAGAUAUUUGACUGGAAAGCGUGAUGCUAGAAGCUGAAUCUGAUGAAUUUCUAACCUUUUUCUCUUUGUUAAAAACACAAAAAAAGCCCGUUUUCACCUCAUCGGCUUCUUUUAAGAUGUCAGAUUGUGUAUAAACGCACCAAGUUCAACAUAUUUCAAAGCGCAGUGGAAAGUUUCACCAUCAAUAUUUUUGCCUUAGCCAUGAGAAACUAAAGGAAAAGUCCGUUUAUUUCACACAAGUCUGUAUGUACAGUAUGAUUAUUUUUCAUAUGGGAGGGGGAGGGGGGGAAGAAAUGUCAUCGCCAGGACUAGAAAUCAGUUAUCACACAGGAGGAAAUGUUGUGCCUCCCUUUUCUUCCUGUUCAGUGUUUUUUUUUUCUUUUCUCUCUCUCUCUGUCUGUCUCUCUCUCUCUCUCUUCUUCAGUCUCUCGUCUCUUGUUAAUCUCUCUAUCGCCUUGUUAGAAUUAAAACUGUGCCCUUUUGCAUGACUGUUAUAAGCUCUGUAUACAAAGACGACGAUGUUAAGUGCCACACAAAGCCGGGCCGAUCCUCCAGGAGAGCCCUGGCUCUUUCUGUUCUACCCUUCAGUGGUAUAUCACACUUCCCGAUCACAUGGUGCUUUUUGUCCUCUUUCUUUCUUUUUCUUUUUCUUUCUCUUUUUUUUUUUGCCUUAGCAUUCUCUUUGCCUGAUUUUAUUCAGCUUUCAUUGUCAUUAAUUUCUACAGAUUAACCCAGAUUUCAGUCUCCUCCUUUUUAAACCGAACUCCAUCUGCAUGCUAAGACGUUGUUGUUGUUUUUUGCAAAAUAGGAGAAUAACCAUAUAUCUGUAUAUAUAUAUUUACCAGUCAAGAAGAAAAAAACACCAACAUGUUGUUAUCUGAACCUGAGAAAUGGGAUCCAGGCACAUGAUAAAGUUGAAAUAAUACUCAAAUGUAACAGAUCAUGUUCUUCAUAUUUGGUCCUCUGUAACAUUUCUUUUUUUUUUUUUGCUUUAAAUUGCACAUUUUCACGCUGAUUGGCAGUGUCAGUACCAGCAGACCACUGCAGUAGAAACUUUAAAAAAUUAAAUAAAAGUACAAAACUGCAGCAGACGUCAAGAUCAUAUUUUCACUUCUUGCCAGUAACUGCUUAUUGAAGACUGUUUGAAUUUAUCUUGACUAAAAAAAAAAAAAAAUAAAAGGAAUUAUGACUUAAAAUAUUAGUUGUAGAUUAAAAACUUUUUCCUGAAAUAAAAAAUUACGAAGUCAGAAUUGCUGACACUUCAAUGUAUAAAAAAAGAAACCUGGAUAAAUCAACCAACCGUGUCAUUUGUUUACAAAGUGAGCCUCAAAUAUCCAGCUUUGUGGUACACCCAAGCCUUUUUUUUAUUAAAGUCUCCCAAAAAAAGAAAACUCAGCUUAUUUGGUAAUGUGAGUGACCUAAUGAAUGAAACUAAGAAGUAUUAUUAAUAUUAUUAUUAUUAUUAUUAUUAUUAUUAUUUAGGGACACUAAAAGCAUCUCAAAGUAGAUUAGUCAAACUCUACCUGAAUGGAUUCUCAGAGAAUCUGGCUCUGCUGGCACUUAAAAAACUUAAAGAUUUGAUCAUUUCAGAUUCGUCAUUUUUUGGUGACGACUUUUUCCGAGAAUAAAAAACGAUGUAUAUGAGUCUGUGAUGAAAGUAUUGGGGCGAGCUGUAAAUUUGGGAUUCUUAUUCGACACGCAUGUUGAAAUGCAGGAAGAUUGAAUUAAACCUCAGCGGGUGGAGCCAAAGAGACGCAGUUUGAUUUCAUUUUUUUGUUUAAAAUCUGAGCUGAAUAAUGUCAAGCAGUUAAGAAAAGAGGAUUAAAAGCUCUCUAAUCAUAUUCAGUUAUUUGCACUCAAUUAACUAAAGACUUCAGAUCAGUCUGAAGCUAUCAAACUCUCCAAAAUGACAAAUGUGCAGUCAUGAACAGAUUUGGCCAUAUAAUAAUAUAUAAUAAUAAUGAAUUUAUUUGGGGCUAAUUAUAAAUGAAAUUAGUAACAAUUCACAUGUUUUUUGAGACGUUGGAACUUUUAUAUAUUAACAAGUUCCAUUGGCUCUUCACUCAGAGGUUUAAUUCAUCUGAUGACAUUUAAUUAAUUUUUAAAACAACCUGACCAAAACUUUUUUAAAAAUGCAGAUAUUACAAAAAGUUUUUGCACAGAUGUUAAAAACUCCUGUGUCCCAAUGCUCCUCUCACACUCACCGUAUACACCCGUCUGUCACAUGACUAUUAAAAUGCACUUGCUUCUACAGUAGUUAGGAUGGGACUUGUAAUCCGAGGUGCCUGCUGGGACUUGACUUGCCUGUAGAUAGUCUUUUUUUUUUUUUUUUUUUUGGGAAGGGGGGGGCGGGUGUAGGGGGGGUGAGAGGGUUUUAGUGAGAACAUUAAGGGCACUGGAAAACCUUACUGGGAUUAGUUGUAUGAUAAGCUUCUGCUGAGUUCUUUGUGCAACCUGUCUGUUUGUGCCUUUUUUGAUAGUCUUGAUAUCCAAGAUUUGAUGUGCAGCUUUUGUUUAGUCGGGACUCCGUUGUAAUCGCAGUAUACGCUCUUAAAAAUGAACACAAUCAAGUUUUUUGGGGGAGGGAGGGAGGGAGGGAGGGGACGGAGGGCGGGUAUACUUAUCUUUCAGUUAUGUACAUUUUAAAGAGAUUUGUUGCCACAGCUGUGUGAUUUGUGACUGUAUUGAAAAAGAUGAAAAGCAAAGAUUUAUAUUUUUUGCGUUACCCUUUUUUUUUUUUUUUUCUCCUCGAGCCUACGUUUUUUUCUCCCCCCUUUUUUUGGGAUGUUUUUUUUGUGCAGAUAUUUUUAUUGUAAAAUGAAUGUUAUGUUUUUAUCAGACACUAAUCUUGUUUGAGUUGUCUCCAGUGGAACUACUUCACUCUUGUAUGUUUUUGAUCAGUAUAAAAACUUUAAUUGUGUAGUUUAACAUUUCGGAAAGUUAAAAGAAAAAAAAAAAGAGAGAAAAAAAGAAGAAAAAAAAAGGUCCUCGGUUGUAUUUUGAAAAGGUUUCUGUUUGACCUGCCAUAGAAAUUGUUUGAACUGAUCGGUCAGUUUUAUUUUUGCUGUCGUGUGAAGGAUUUGACUUGAACGAAGCAUUUCUUUGCUAUUAUUAAAGACUGACUGCCACUUUGAGAAAAAAGAAAA